AUGUUCAACAACUACGGCAACGCGAUGGCGACGGAUCCGUUCCGGAAAGUGGAGCAGUACUCGCCUAAGUCGUCGCCCCGUGCUGGAGGGGCUGGGGGGCGGUCACCCGUCGUCGCCCGCCAGGAUUCCUCCGGCACGCUCAAGACCACCAUCCAGCUCGGCAAAAACCCCUCGAUAUUGCACAGUGGACCGUUUUACUUAAUGAAGGAACCACCAGGGGAAGGCGAGCUAACUGGGGCCACGAAUCUGAUGGCACACUAUGGCUUAGAGCAUUCGUAUAGUAAAUUUAGUGGUAAAAAGGUUAAGGAGCAGCUAUCGUCGUUUCUCCCGAAUUUACCUGGCGUCAUCGACGGGCCGGGCCAUCUCGAUAAUAGUUCUCUUCGGAGCGUGAUUGAAAAACCACCGAUCGUGGGCAAAGAACUGCUUCCACUCUCCAGCGUUCAGCUGGCCGGAUUCCGACUGCACCCCGGACCGCUUCCGGAGCAGUACAAACACUUAAAAACCGCACCAACUAGAAAGCAUAAGAAUAAGCAUAAGAAACACAAACACAAGGACGGCGUGGCGCCUCCGGAGCAAUCCGCGCUGGAAGCGGCUGGGCUCGAUACACACGAGAAGAAGCACAAAAAGCAGAAAAGACACGAGGACGACAAGGAGCGUAAAAAGCGGAAAAAGGAGAAAAAGCGCAAAAAACAGCGCCACAGUCCGGAACACCCGGGUGGUGGAGCGACAUCGGUGCCACCACCAACGCAAGUCUAUUAGUCGGACAGACAUCGCAACAAAAUUAGCAGAAGAACGCAAAGAGAAUCAAAAAACCGAACGCAAAAGAAAUUUACCACACCGAGGACAGAACUCUUCGAUGCCCUUUGUCACGGCGGGUGGCGUUCAUACGGUACCAACACGUUUUGUAUAAAUAUUUGCUAUGGCAACAAAGCAAAGGCGAGGGCAUUUUCGACGAGAUUUCCUUAUCCGGAAGUGGAGAGUACCGUCGGUGGAA